AUGCUCGUGGAGAACGCGGGCGGCACCCGUUCCACGGCCAGUAGUGACGCCUGCCUAGCCUAUUGCGCGACCAUCUCCGCGGGAGCCGCCAAAGCACGCAAAGCCAAGCUGUUGAAGAAAACAGCUAGAAAGAACCGCUCGUCGGGUAACGAAGCCGAGAACAAGAGCGGUGCGUCGUCCUCGUCCGAGCCCGAGGAGGAUGAAGUCUCGGAUUCUGCCGGUGGUUCCUCUGCGCCGGGCGGCGCCAGCGGCAGCGAAGACGAUGACGACGAUUCUGAAAAAGAGGAGUUCAGCGACGGCUACGACGAGAACCUCAUGGGCACUUGA